AUGUCAGUAUCUGUAUCUGUAUUAACAUUAAUGGCUAUUUCAAUUGAACGUUAUCAAGCUAUUGUUCAUCCAUUAAAAUUUAGUGGAACAAAACAACGUGCAAGAAUUUUAAUUCUUUCUGUUUGGAUACUUUCAUUAUUACUUGUUCUUCCAGAUGUUUUUAUGAUGACAGUUAGUCGACAAUUUGGAGAUCGAUCACCAACAAACUAUUUAACAUAUUGUCAAUGGGAUGCACAUCCAUUAUUUGAUCUUCUCUAUCAAUUACAUAUAUCACUUUGUUUAUUUGUCAUCCCACUUUGUUUAAUGGUAUAUGCAUAUACUGGUAUUGCACGUGUUUUGUGGGGUUCAUUACCAAGUGAAAGAAUAUUUCAUGAUGAUAAACAAAGAAUGAAUUCAAGUCAUUUAAUACUUUCAGAUGAAUGCCAUAAUAAUAGUUUAAGAAAUUCAACAAAAUCAGCUAAUUUAAUUGUUCAAGAAAAUCGUCAAAAAGCAGCUAAAAUGCUUAUAUCUGUUGUAAUUAUUUUUACUAUUUGUUAUAUUCCAGUACAUGUUUUUAACUUAUUCAGAUAUAUUUAUGUCUAUUUUGAAUAUAUUAAACAAAAUCCAUCAAAUGUUAAAUUAAAUGAAAAUGUUGGAUGUUUUAAACCAAAAAUAGUUCAUCUUGAACGUACGGGUACGAUAAAAAUUGUUACAAUUAGUGCAUUAAUAUCUCAUUUUCUUCCUUAUUUCAAUUCAUCAAUCAAUCCAAUUAUAUAUAAUAUUAUGAGUGAUAAGUUUCGUCUCAAAUUUCGUGAACUAUUUUCAUCAUGUUGUUGUCGUUAUUGUUGCUGUUGUAAACCAAUUCCAAGAAUGAAAUCAACAUCUUCAGCAAUUAUACAAUUUAGAUCAUCGGGACUAGUACAACAUUCAGUAAUGUCAACAAAUCUUAAUCAAUCUUCAACGAAGAAUAAAUAUAGCCAAAAUUCAACUAAUACAUUAAAUAUUAGCGGCAGAGGUGGUCCGAUCAAGACUAAUGCUAAUAAUAAUAAUAAUAAUCGUAAUCAUCAUCAUCACAGGAUUUGUACAAAAAUUCACAGUCAACCGGUGAAUUUUGAUUUUGAUCAUAAACGGGAAACAGGUUAUCAUCCAUUUCCUGAAAUGAGUCGAUUUCUUAAUUCACAUUCACGUAUUCAUCGACAAUCUUCUCGACCAUCCUUCUCAUUUCUUGGAUAUAUUUGUAGUAUGGCUAAUGAUGAAAAAAAACUUGAAGAAAUGUUAGAUACAUUCGGUAGAAAAUAUGCAUCAUUAAUAAUGACUAUAAUUGAACAAGAUUGUCCAAAACCUAAUCAACGCAAUAAAAGAACAAUAAAUAAUAUCAAUCAAAAAGACUUCUCAUACAUAUUUUUACUUUAUAUCACCGAUUAUUAUCAUAAACUAUAA